CCAAAGGUACCUUCUCAGCCAACAGUGCACUGGUGUACGUAUGGGCGGCUGGGAAUGACUUGGACUGCUGUUCAUUGGCAGUGCUCAUCGCUCUGAGAGAGGCCGGUGUGACUGUGUAUGUGGACCCCGCAUGUUUACAGGAGAACAGCGUGAGUGAUGUUUCCAACUACUACCUUGCUUGGGAAUUCGAAUUUAACCAGCCCAAAAGUUGGGAAUGCCUUGGUCCUUGUGCAUCGCUUCUGGACAGUGACGUGUGCCCGACAGGGCUGACAUGUGUGUCUACAAGCUACAAAGACUAUACGUGCAAUUGUCCAAAAGGCUAUUCAUAUAGUCCUAUACAGCCAGACGAUCUUUCGAUCGUAGAAACAGACGAAGAUACAGAUGAUCCGACCACAGUUGUUGAUACUGGUCGAGGUCCGGAGAGACUGGAGGACUGUGUGAACGAUGACGAGUGUGCUCUGGGGACUCAUGAUUGCCAUCCGGAAGCGCAGUGCACGGAUACCGUGGGUUCGUUCACUUGCAAGUGCAACGCUGGAUUCUCAGGAAGCGGGCAGGAUUGUUUCCCUGAGAACUUUGCGUUUUUUAGGCCUCCUAUAUAUGCCGUGUUGUCCGAACAUUUCGAUGGCGGAGAUGUGGAUGCAGAGCUAGAUACACACGUGCUAGGCGUUUAUAUGUUUGACAUACUCGUGCAGAGGGGUCAGUGCUCGUUACUGUGCUACACUGAUGCGAGCUGCAAGGAGUUUGUGAUAGACACUUCGGGCCAGUACUCGGGAAGGUGUAUAACAAAGUCAGAGGCCAGCAACGAUACGAUAGCGCUGUUUGAACAGACCGUACUAAAGAGUGCGUACGUAUACACCAAAAUUCAACCAGUGGCUGUCCUCAACUAUCUUGGGCCUUCUGUUGGAUACCUGUCAGGAGAGGGGGCGUUCAAUCUAUCGAGAGAAGUACGUCUAAAGGAGACUGAAUGUGCAUCCUGGUGCAAUGAACUGAGUUCCUGCCGAUCAUUUGACGUGGCCUUGGGCGGCUCCAACGCCGGAAAGUGCCAAUUAAACACAGUUACAUCAGUGGCCACUAGUUUGGAUACACACACGAACACAGGUAUUGAUAGUACCGGCCAGGAGACAAACAUAACCACACGUGUGGCGUUAGACAACACUACAGCGCAGAGUACCGCCCCCGCAAUUCCCCAGUAUAACUUCGACGAAGGCAACGUGUUUCGCUAUACAAGGCAACUCUUGGACCUGUCUACAGACUGUGGUGAUCUGUUCGGGUGUCUCACGUGCACCUCAGAUAAUAGAUGUGUGAUAUGUGAGAGCCCCUUUAGACUGUCAAGCGCCGCACUUUGCGAGUGCGAAAAAGGCCAAUAUCUUCAAAAUUUUCACGUACCAUACAAAUGCAACGAUUGCUCGGCAAACAAAUGCCGCCAGACUUACCUACCUUGUUCUGCAUACAAUGACCUGAUAUGUGCAUCGUGUCCGACGGGGUGGUACGGUCGGCAGUGCGAUCAAAUAUCCGACAUCGAUGAAACUGAGAAGCCGAUUUCAGCUGACUCUAUUGACCCCGCGAUAACAUCGACUUUGCCGGGCGAGCAGUUCCCAUCUAACGGCAAAGAGAGCAGCAGUGCCGCAGCGGGGAAUCCGAUACUGAUCAAGGGAUCACCAAAUAUCACCAUAAUACUCAUUGUCGCAGUGCUUGUGGCUGUUUUGAUGGCAUCUCUAGUAGCUGUUAUAAUUGUACUUUUAAUACGAAGGAAACGACGGAAGGAAACCAAGAGGCGAGAGUCCAAAACGGAAUCAGUGGAACUUGAUGACUCGCCAAGCAGUCCCACUCCUGGGAUACGCCAGUUGCCACCAGUCGACACCAAACUGAAAACAACAUUUAUUGACCCGAUGGCUGUGACUGUACUCAGAACAAUCGGUAAUGGCAACUUUGGCGUUGUGUCCGAGGGCAAACUCAGUGUAGGAGAGGAGACGCAUCACGUAGCCAUCAAAGAGUUGAAACACAAAAUGGCGGUCGCCAAGGACGAAGAGUUGCUGGCGGAAGCGGCGGUCAUGACCCAAUUGUACCACGACAAUGUGUUGCGCUGUUACGGAGUGUCCAUAUUGACCGAGUCAAAUAGCCCUUGUUUCUUGAUGGAAUAUAUGUCGGGGGGUAGCCUCAAUGAAUACCUUGUAAGGAAUCACGGAAAGAUUUCCAUAGCGGUUCGAAUAUUCUUCGCUCAUCAAAUCGCGCGAGGGAUGGCAUAUACGAUAGCAAGAGGCAUAGUUCACAGAGACUUGGCCACCCGUAAUGUCAUGCUGGGUCCGAUGUGCCCAGGAGAGAGUAAAGUGGCAGUUUGCGCAGUAAAGUUGGCUGAUUUCGGGAUGUCCCGGUAUUUCACGGAGGGUAAUUACUACCAGAUGGCGAAUCAAACAGGCCCGCUGCCGAUUCGGUGGAUGGCGCCGGAAGCAUUAACGCUAUCGAAAUUUGACGAGAGAUCGGACGUAUGGAGCUUCGGUGUAUCCCUUUGGGAGAUAUUCAGUGGUGGGAAAAUACCAUACGAAAAUAUAGAGAGUCACAAUCUCUUCACAUCAAUAGAUAAUGGGCUGCGAUUGAAAAAGCCAGAAAGCUGUCCUGACAGUAUACACAACAUCAUGCUGCAAUGCUGGGAGACGAACCCAAAGGACAGACCAUGUUUCUAUACCAUUGAGAGGCGCCUUAGGGCAAUACUGUGCUUUUAUGAACCAGAGCUAGUCAAUACGGUGGGUGACUACUAG